GUUAUCAGGACGUGAAAUGUGCUUCUGCGACGGCGGACACCGCUUACGUGUGUCGAUCGCCGUAAACGGGAAACCGAUGGGAAUGUAAAUGUUAGAUUGACGUUGGCGGAAUCGUUACGAUAUUGUUCGGAGACCGCGACGGGAACAAUCUGAUCGGGAAGCAAAUCAGUGAGAACCGCGGCGUGCGAUGGAAUCCGAUUCGGCGGAAAUCCGUCUGUGCUCCGAGUGGAUCAAAAACGGAAAAUUCGAAAGGGUAUGCGUUCAGUUGCCGGACUACAUGUUGCAACGGAGCGUAUCGAUAUCGUCGGAAUUCGAACGGCUGUUGGGUUACCGUGUUUACAUACUCGGCGACACGUCGUACGGCAGUUGUUGUGUCGAUGAAACGGCUGCUCAACACGUAGCCGCUGACUGUAUCGUUCAUUUUGGACGUACAUGUCUAACGCCGAACAAUCACCUUCCCGUGUACCAUGUUCUACCAAGACAACCGCUAGACCUUGUCAAGUGUGUAAGUCUGAUUUCUGAGACUUUUAGAACGUGCGAAGAACCAAUUCUGUUGCUCUAUGAUGUGGCUUAUCACCAUCUUCGAGACUCUUUGGCUGAACAUUUAUCAUCUAUGAAAUCAAUUAUAUUGUCUGAUCUGGAUUUACCAGAAAAUAAAAAUGUUGCCAACAAUAUGUCCGAUAAUGAAUACACAACAUUAUUCGGUAGACGGUUUAAUAACUUAAAUUACAAAAAUAUUAUUUAUAUCAUUCACGAUGAUUACAUGAAUAAUGUUGAUAGAUUUAUAUUGAAGAAUAAUGAGUGUGAUGUAUAUACCUGCCAAAGCAGUUGUAAUGAAUUAAUAAAGCGGACAUUAACAUCGGUGAUAAAGAAAAGACAUUACAUCAAAGAAAAGAUUAAAGAUGCCACUCACAUUGGAAUACUUAUAUGUAGUUUGAGUAUACAGGAUUUACUUGAGCGUAUCAACAAAGUUAAGCGUCUAUGUAAAAAAGCAAAUAAAAAAUGUUAUAUUAUUUCUGUCGGUCGUCCCAAUGUUGCUAAGUUGGCCAAUUUUCCUGAGAUUGAAAUCUUUGUGAACAUAACAUGCGCAGAAGGAGUAAUAGAAAAUCAAAAAGAAUAUAUGCAACCUAUAGUUAAUAUUGAUGACAUUGAAAUGGCUUUAGAGAGUGAUAAUUCAAAUAAUAUACCUGAUUUAUCCUUAGUCACUAACAAAUUAAGAAAUGUCUCGGUGAUUAAUGAAGAAAGCAAUUCCUCUUUAGAAUUAAAUAUCAGAACUGAUAUGUCUUUAUCGACUGUUACUCAAAAUAGAACAUGGAUGGGUCUCAAUCCACACGAUACACGACCACCAGUUUCAAUAGCUGCAGAAGGAAGAAAAGGAACACCAAGUUCUGGUUAUACUACUUCUGAUACGGAUCAUCGUAGCUAAGAGCUUUUUAAAGAAAAAAAAUUUUUAUUGAUACUCAUUGGAGUAUAAUUUUUAUUUUAUAUUAUAAUUCAAUAUAAAACG